GCGGCCCGGACGGAAAAACCCUCCUUGCUAUGGACUGACUAUGACGGCGAUGGGGACUGACUUGGGUCGCGAGGCUACUGGUGAUCAACGCGCGGUCCGCUUUUAUCCACCUGCAUACGAUAUUCGGGUCGAAACUGUGUCCAUGCCUGUUAUCGUUGAUCCUGAUGAUGCGGUUAUAAAAGUCACCCUUGCAGGUUUAUGUGGAAGUGAUUUGCAUGCUUACCGUGGACAUGAGGAGGUAGAUGUUGUGAGGACAUGUGGUCAUGAAUUCAUUGGCGAAGUCGUUGCACUUGGAAGUAGCUUCAAUCCAAAUGCUUCCGAACGCCCGCUUCUUUACUCAACCUUGAAGAUCGGAGACAGAGUUGUUUCUCCCUUCACAGUAUCCUGUGGAGAGUGUCACUUCUGCCGCCUCGGAUUCUCUUCGCGCUGCGUCUUCUCUGCCCUAUUUGGCACACCUGAUCUUCCUGGUGGUCAGGCUCAAUUUGUGCGGGUCCCUAAGGCCGGCGGCACGCUUUUCAAGGUUGAGAAUAUCACAUCAGUCCUUCACAGCGGACUUUCCGACAGUUCGCUCUUGCUUCUAGCCGAUAUUCUUCCCACUGGUGUCUUUGCGGCCCUACAAGCCUUGCAACAUCCCAAAAUUACGUCGCUGCUAUGUGGCAAGCAAUACCCGCAUCAUGGCUUUGUACCUCGCUAUGUUCAGCUCGAGACAACGCCCAACCUAUCAUUCGACGAUCGUAAUUUCACCUUUGCUGUUGUCGGCCUUGGUCCAGUCGGAAUCUGCGCUCUAGUGAGCUUGUUGGACAUGCUAGGAGACGUACCCGCCAUCAAUUAUCGAGUCGUCGCAAUCGAUCCGGUCGCUUCAAGGCGGGAGAAAGUGAAGUCAGUACUGGCGGUCCUUACUCCUAUUGCCACUCCACCACGAGCUGUGGUGGCCGAUAUAGAGGAAGGGAAACAACUCGUGAAAGACUGGACUGAUGACGUCGGUUGCAACGCAGUGCUUGAGGUUGUGGGUAACAACAGUGCACUAUUAUUGGCAUACGAGAUUGUACGACCUUUUGGAGUCAUUAGUUCGGUCGGCGUUCACCAGGCACCCCCUGUUCCUUUUACUGGACGGGACGUUUACAAAAAGAACGUGUCAUUCGACUUUGGACGUUGUCCUGUCCGAGCAAUGCUUCCCAUCGCAGCUGCUCUUCUGCUCAAGCGACAGGAUGUGUUUGGUGGGGUAGGCGAACCUGCUAGCCUUAUUGAUAGGAUCGCGAGCUUCAACGACGCGGUUGCGAUUUAUGAGGUCUUUGACAAGGGUGGAUGUGGCAAGAUUCUCUUCGAUCCUUGGAAGAACUAAGUCCUAACAAAGGCGGUUAAAAUAAGCGUCAUAAGUUAGACACCACAAACAACAGCAUAAUAUGUUACCGUAUUCUGCGACUGUACUCAUAACGAUCGAUCAAUCAAAUUCACGAGUUAUCUACGUC